AUGCACAGAAGAAAAGAAGAAAAUAUGAAAGAAAUGUUAAGAGUACCUUUGGGAUCCAAAAGCCAGGAAUGGGAUUGCAGGAUCAAAUGGGAGGUCGAGCUUGAGUUCUUUGAGGUUUCUCCAAACAUCCUUCCAAAAAGGCUCAGACUCUCCAAGGUGGUUGUCAUUGGCGAUCUCUACGUGGGGAAGACCAGCCUCAUCCACAGGUUUUGCAAGAAUGUUUUUGACCGAGAUUAUAAGGCCACCAUUGGGGUGGACUUUGAAAUUGAGCGCUUUGAGAUUGCGGGGAUUCCCUACAGCCUGCAGAUCUGGGACACAGCUGGGCAGGAGAAGUUCAAGUGCAUCGCAUCUGCCUACUACCGGGGUGCCCAGGUGAUCAUCACAGCCUUUGACCUUACUGACGUGCAGACUCUGGAGCACACCAGGCAAUGGCUGCAGGACGCGCUACGAGAGAAUGAGGCAAGCUCCUGCUUCAUCUUCCUGGUGGGAGCCAAGAAGGACCUUCUGUCAGGGGCAGCGUGUGAGCAGGCCGAAGCAGAGGCUGUGCACAUGGCCAACCAGAUGCAGGCUGAGUACUGGUCGGUGUCCGCCAAGACCGGGGAGAAUGUGAAGGCAUUCUUCAGCCGCGUGGCCGCCCUGGCGUUCGAGCAUUCGGUGCUGCAGGACCUGGAAAGGCGGAGCAGCGCCCAGCUGCAGGUCGGCGAUGGAGGCCUCAUCCGAAUGGAGGGAAGUCCACCCGAGAGCCAGGAGAGCAAGCAGCCCUCUAGCCUGGGCUGCUGUUAGCUGGGGCCUGUGUCAGAGGCCUCCACACCCUGCACCUGUGGAAAGGUGAUGUGGAACCUGAGCUCUGCAGCGUGUCUACCCUCGGGAUGUGGAGGGCCUGUCUUCUCUGCAGAGCCCCAGGGCUCAGCCACUUCUCUUUGGCAGGUCAGGAGCCAGGAAAGGUUCCCACUGGCUGCCCGGGGACCCCACACUGCCUGGCUGCUGGGAACACUACAGUGAUCCCCUAAAAGGCUGGUCCCAGGGUCGUCAGACAGUCUCCCUUGGCCUUCAGAGGCCUUAGGACUGCAAACCCGGGAUAAGCCUGCCCCAGGCCACACCCCUCACCCCGGGCCUGCAUCAGCAGCUGACCCUGGCCCUCUUCCCCAGCCAUGUGACCUCAGAAGCCUUCUUAGCACCAUGUACCAGGCAACCUGGACUUGUCAAAUUCAGCACCUGAAGGAGUACCCACCUUCCAUGUCCCCAGGAGUUUUCUAAGUUUUCUGCUUUCUGCAAAAAGCUUAUAGUUCUCCGCCUCAGACCUCUACGUCUCUCUGUCCACUGUCACUCUGCCAUAGGCUCUAGGCAUCCCCAGGCAGACCUUGCCCCCACCUGCCCCGGAGCUCAAUGAACAAGAGGGUCUCUCAGGCUAAUUCUGACUGAGGGCCCUCUCUGGCGGGAGAUGGGCUGGCCUCCUAGGCAGCAGGACUGGGUAGGCAGAGCAAGCCAUUUGCACCUCUCUGGCUUAUCUGGAAGAUGAAUUUACCUGACCAGUUACAGGAGGGGGGCUGCACAACCACCCUGGGGUAACUUGCUCUGCAGCCUGAGCGUGACACUGCCCUGCUCUGGCCCUCAUGCCCACUGCCGCCUCUAUCCGUCUGUCCCACUGGCCUGCAUGUCUCUUAGGCCCUGUGCGAUGGUGUCCACAUGUCUUUGGAAGGCUUCGGAGGCCCUCCACAGUCCAGCAUGUUCUCUCAACUGCUUCCUCUUGCAAACCCAGGGCAGGCAGGAGCACCCCACACCCACAUACCCUCCAGCCCAGAGCACUUCCAUGGGUCUCACCCCUGGAAACCAGCCCCUGGUCCUGUCACCUUGGCUGUGCCUGCUCUGCACCCACCUUGUGCCGUAGGCAGCAGGGGUGCAUCCAGCGUCCCCGUUGGUUUCCCGUAGUGGUGAGCAUUUACAGGUUCCUGGUGCCCGGCACACUGCAGGUGCCCCAAGUGUGUUCAUCGACUCACAGAGAUUGCCAAAUCAUCAGUUAGGGGAAAACACUGGCAUCUUUUCCUGUUCAUUCCCUCCUUACCGUAUUUUUAGCUUUGUUUUUUUACCUAUAUAAAACACUUCUUUAUGC